AACACAAAAGCCUGACUUUUGCAGCACCGUGACCGCCACCUCGACCGUGUCCGCUACCUCAACCACCACCACAACAAUUUCCAUCACCGCAAGCGAAAGCAUCACCAGCACCACCACGACGACAAUUGUCGAGACGGUCACGGCUGUCGCACAGUACCGUGGUCCUAUCUGCAACAAGCCGAACAUGCAAGGAGGUAUGGGAGGCUGCUCGUCGAACUGCUAUUGCGAUCCCCGCACGCCCGGUGGCCAGCAAUACGGCGUUUGCGACACAGCUACCGGCUGCACUCAGCCUUCCUGUUCGAGCGAUCUUGACUGCGGCCCUGGUCAGGCUUGUGCCAACUACAGCUGCCCCCAGGGCCCAGUGUGCGUGAAUUACUCGGGUUGCUCGUCGUCAUUUGUGCCGGCUCAGGCGCCGGCUAAGAGGGGAUUGGUUGAAGGUGCGAAGAGGAUGGCUCAAGGAGAGCGGAGAGCACAGGCUGUUGAUGCGAAGAAGUUGCUCCAGUGCAGGUGGGACGGACUUACUCCGCAGCAAUGCCCAGCUUAGGACAGACCUACUCCGAGGGAUUCAUAACCUC